CAGUGAGAUGGAAGCCAAUUUUAAGAAUCUCAGUCGGGCUUUGAUUAACAUCGCCUCGAAGCUUACCCACAGCAAAGACGUCCGGGAUUUUUUCAUUGAUCUAGUGGAAAAGUUUGUAGAACCGUUUCGGUCCGACAAAUGGAGCUCCAACGACGUGCAGCUUUUCCUGACCCACUACACGGCCAGCGCACACUCGCUGGAAGUGUUCAGCCCGGCCAGAAUUGGGGGGUGUUCGCCCGAAGAAGGGGUGCCAGAGUCCGUGCCAAGCGCUUGUCAAUGAGUGUGAAAAUGAAGCUGGUUUCCUGCAUUUUCCUGGCCACACUACUGAAAGCUGCUUUCGCCCAAGAAGACCCCAAUACUUACACGGAAUGCACCGACGGCUAUCAGUGGGAUGCCGAAACUCAGCACUGUAAAGAUAUCAACGAAUGCGAGACCAUCCACCACGCCUGCAAAGGGGAGAUGAAAUGCAUCAACCAUUACGGGGGAUACCUGUGUCUUCCGCGUUCCGCCUCGGUCAUCAACGACGUCAAUGCCGAACGGGCCCCUCUUGACAGUCCCCCCAGGCUGAGACCUCGCCCGCCGGUCCAGCCCUCCGGCCGACCUCACACUUGCUCCCAGGGCUACGAGCCUGACCACUAUGGAUCGUGCGCGGACGUGGAUGAGUGUGAGUACGAUUUGCACGACUGCCAGCCCAGCCAGCAGUGUAUCAACACCAUCGGUAGUUUUCACUGUCAGUGCCCGGAGGGCUACCGGAAGAUCGGCACAGAGUGUGUAGACAUAGACGAAUGCCGGUACCGCUAUUGUCAACACCGUUGUGUCAAUUCCCCAGGAUCUUUCACCUGCCAGUGUGAAUCUGGAUUUCAGCUCGCCAGUAAUAACCGCUCGUGUGUGGAUGUGAAUGAGUGCGAGAUGGGAGCUCCUUGCAAGCAACGCUGCUUCAACACUUAUGGCACUUUUAUCUGUCGGUGCAACCAAGGCUACGAGCUGGACCACAACGGAUUUACCUGCAAAGAUGUGGACGAAUGCAGCUAUUCGAAUUACUUGUGCCAAUAUCAGUGUGUCAAUGAACCCGGUCACUUCUCCUGCGUUUGUCCUCAAGGUUACAAUCUCGUGAGCACCAGGCUUUGCCAAGACAUUAACGAAUGUGAGUUAGACAGCAACCAGUGCACAGAGUCUCAGAACUGCGUGAAUUAUCACGGAGGAUAUCGGUGUGUGGAGAAGAAACUCUGCCAAGAGCCUUACAUCCAUGUCUCGGAGAACCGCUGUCUGUGCCCGACCACGAACCCCCUUUGUCAUGACAAACCUUCCUCCGUUAUCUACCGGUAUAUGAGCAUCUUGGCCGAUCGACCGGUGCCCUCGGAUAUUUUCCAAAUUCAAGCCACCACCUUCUACCCAGGAGCCUACAACACCUUCCAGAUCCGUUCAGGCAACGAAGAUGGAGAAUUUUACAUCCGGCAAAUCAGCAACAUCAGCGCCAUGUUGGUCCUGUCACGGGCCGUGGUGGGUCCCCGUGAGUUUGUGCUGGAUUUAGAGAUGGUCACCGUCAACAACCUGAUGAGCUACCAGGCCAGCUCGGUGCUCCGCCUCACCGUCUUCGUGGGGGCUCAUCCGUUCUAGUGGGGGGAGGGCAGAUCUCCCCUCCCCCUUACCUGCCGUGGCAAGGAGAGGGGAAACGUCUGUCCAAGAUGGAGAAACAAAUCGAACAACAAGGAACACAACUCUACAGGUGUGGGGAAAAAAAAUGGAGUCAGAUGGCACUCACGGACUUCCCCACCAACUGUCCACCAGAAUCACCCAUCUCCAGACCUGGACACGUCCCGCAGAACCAAACCCCGUAGCUUUAAAAAAAAAGUUUGCGGCCAUCCUGGACCCAAUUCCCCUUCACCCGCCUAUCUUAGCAUCGUUUCCUUGAUCCGUCACGCCGGCCACUAACGCAACCUUUUUCUCCUAUUGCCCAAGGAGAACAACUCGGAGAAGUCAUCCCUGCCCUUGGGAUGAGUAGAGGACAAUUUGAACCUUUCAGUAGAAUUCCAUUUUUUUAUUUCUCUGGUUUAAAGAGAAAACGAGAGAAAGAGAGAGAGAAAAACAAGAGCAACGAGGCUUAGUAAAAGUUUGUUUUCUGGAAAAAAGGAAAGAAAGCGAACGAGGAAAUUUGUGGGGGUCUGCGUCGCCGCCUGGUUUGGGGAGGAUUUGAACGGGGAGCAGCAGGGCGGAGGUCUUGUAAAUGUUCCCCUUGGAAAAAAUACGGCUCAGGUGUUUAGGGUCAGCUAUGGAAAGAGUCAGCUAUGGACGCGGUGGCUCAGGAUAAGAUGCUGAGCUUGUCGAUCGAAAAGUCGGCAAUUCAGCGGUUCGAAUCCCUAGUGCGGCGUAAUGGAGUGAGCUCCCGUGACUUGUCCCAGCUUCUGCCAACCUAGCAGUUCGAAAGCAGGUAAAAAAUGCAAGUAGAAAAAUAAGGACCACAUUUGGUGGGAAGGGAACAGAGUUUUCCGUGCGCCUUUGGCGUUGAGUCCUGCCAGCCACAAGAUCACGGAGACAUCUUUGGACAGCGCUGGCUCUUCGGCUUUGAAACGGAGAUGAGUAGUGCCCCCUAGAGUCGGGAACGACUAGCAAAUAUGUGCGAAGGGAACCUUUACCUUUUCCUAUGGAAAGAGUGGCUUUACUCAAUUGUGGCUUUUACAGAAGUUUGGGUAAAGUUAUCUGUGUUUUAGGGGAAUGGGAGAGUAGAACAGUGCACAGGAGGUGGGCCUACCAGGUUGAUCUUGCUCAACUUGGUAGCUAAGUAAGAUGAGAUGUCACCUGUUCACCUGGGAGAUGAUCAAACAGAGGUUUCGUUCAACCUUGGCAAUGUUACGCCUUGUGGACUUCAUGGCUGGCUGAGGAAUUCUGGGAGUUGAAGUCCACAAGGCUUAAAGGUUGCCUUACGUUUCUCAACCUUGGCAGGUUUAAGAGGGGUGGACUUCAACUCCCAGAAUUCCCUAACCAGCAGGCUUUAAGAUGGACUUCGACUCCCAGAAUCCCCCAACCAGCAUGCUUUAAGAUGGGUGGACUUCAACUCCCAGAAUUCCCUAGUUACUAUGAUUUAAGAUUGGAAGACUUCAACUCCCAGAAUUCCCCAGCCAACCUGCUUUAAGAUGGACUUCAACUCCCAGAAUUCCCCACUUACUAUGAUUUAAGAUUGGAAGACUUCAACUCCCAGAAUUCCCCAGCCAACCUGCUUUAAGAUGGACUUCAACUCCCAGAAUCCCCCAGCCAGCAGGCUUUAAGAUGGGUGAACUUCCACUCCCAGAAUUCCCCAGCCAACCUGCUUUAAGAUGGGUGAACUUCAACACCAGGAUGGCUGGAGAAUUCUGGGAGUUGAAGUCCACCGAUUUUCCAGUCGCCAAGAUUGAAUAAUCUUAUUGGGUAGCCUUCGUCUUACAACUGUUCCUUUAGCGACCAUUCAAAGUUCCAACAGCGUUGAAGAAAGUGACGUACGACUUAUCCUCGGACUUGUGUCCAUCCCUGCAUCCCCAUGGUCAUGUGAUUAAAAUAGGGCUGCUUGGCAAUCGGCAUGUAUUUACAACGGUGGCAGCCUCCUGCCACCAUUUGGGACCUUCCCGCAAGCAAAGUCAAUGGGGGCUGGGGGGGAGAGGCUGGAUUCGCUUAACGACCACCUGAUUCACUUAACCACCAGAACGAGAAAGGUCAUAAAAUCAGGCACAACUCACUUCACAGCAAUGAAAAAUCUGGUCCCGAUUGUAGGUCGUAAAUCAAGGACCCCCUAUAUAUACUUAACCAACUAUUUUGGAAUGAAUGAGUAUUCAGGAGUCACUUUAAGAGGUGACUGAAAAUAGCCUCGCAGCCUAAUUAAAUUUGUUCUCCCAAGGUAUAAAAAAAAUCCUGGGUGGAAUUAGAGCAUCACGACUAAAAACCGAUGUUAAUUUGGACCCUGUAAGAAAUAAUAUUUGCCUUUCGAAUAUUACAAAUUCUUCCAGGGGCUAAAGAAAGAUUGCGAGCUGUUUAUUUUUCUCUUGACUGGCCGAAUAUUUUUUGCUCUUCUUCCCACUUAUAAUAUUUGAAAGCAUCAAACAAACAAAUGACUCAUCCUUAAAUCUGAGUAUUUACUGGGGAUCGUAAAACAGACAUUUCUUUCUGGUUUAUUAAAGAAAUCGUAGUUGA